AUGUUCCCAGCUUCGUCCAACGAGCUUGGAACUGAAUCGGCUUCUGGGCACGACGGAAACAACACUACUGUCGGAGACGCCAAGGACUUGUCGUCUGCCGAGAGAAUCACCAGAUUGAAGGCCGCAUUCAGCAUGAAUGGUCACGGAUUGCAUAAAGAUUCGGAAAGAGCCUCGCCAGACGCUAACGAUACUGCUGAAAACGUCUCGGAACUGCUGAAAGCCGAAAAUAAUGGAAAUGGAAACUCGGACGAGCCACAUGGAGACAAAGGUAAACCAGACAACGAGACUGAUCUGCUGAGCAACCAAAUUGCGGAUAGUCGCGAGGAUUCCAGGUUCAUUUCAGAAAUGUAAUUCAGAAUUUCAGUGCAAAAUGGAGACACGAAGAAUGCUGAGAAGAGGACAAACGGGCAUGCAGAUGACCAGAAUGGCAUGCCAGUAGAAGCUCACAAUUCACCCGCAACUACUCCGCCAUCCAGCGGAAUCGCAGGACAGGAUUUAUCCAGUAUCGCGGACGAGAAUGGGACUCAACAGACACAAUUUACGAGUCCGUCAGAGUCGCUGGAACAAUUGGAUAAUGAUGAGAACAUUCAGAUAGCUUCAGGUGAGCUUUUCCUGUUGUGUCAGCUUCCUAACUUCAUUUUUCAGCCGUUGGCAUUGGGCAAUCAGAGAGUAACUCCUCUGUUUCAGGACCAUCUCCAAGCUCUUCUGAUCUUGUUGGAUUUGCUGGAGUUCCUGUAGAGGAAGCGCAUCAUCCUAAUCAAGAAAAUAAUAAUAACGAACACGCAGAUGGCAACGUGGAUACCGAGAAUCAAAACAGACCGCCACCUCACAACGAGUUCCAGGAAAACGAUUCACCGUUUGGUUUCGCAUUGCCCAGUUAUGAACCAGGGCUGCCAGUGGGAGCAGCUAUGGAAAGAGAAGAGCCGAUUGGUCAGGCUGAGAAUCCGGAUCAACCAGGCCCAGCUCCAGCACCUCUGCAGGAACGAGGUCGUGCAUCGCGAAGACCUCUGCGGAUGCUUGCACCGAUCACUCUACGCAUUCCUGACGAUGAUGAGAUGGAUCCAGCUCCGCCACCACAGGUGGAGAGUCCAGUUCUUGGAAGAAUGUCCCCAGAUAUGGCUUGCAAUGAUGAUCAGCCGGGGCCGUCCACUUCUUCUUCUUCUUCUUCUUCAUCAUAUUACCCACGCAAUCAAUCUAGUCCACCAAUAAGCGCUUCUCGUUCCCUUAAUUUACGCGGGACUCGCAGCGGAGCUCCGUCGCCUAGAAGAAACGCGCCUAGAGAAAGGUCGCCACCAAUUCGUAAGUUCUACCCACGUUUCAAUACAUUAUACCUCAAACUAAUACAAUAUUCAGAAAAUGAAAGCGAGCCCACACCGUUGGACCCAGAAUUCGUCAAGACACUGCUCGCUAUCGCCAACAUCUCGCGUUACGAAGCCGGAUUAGAUUCUGCCCCGACGGAAGAAGAAUACGUUCCAGAGGGGGCAGAACUCAACGAUCCGUGUCUCGCAGCCAGCAUCCAAUUGGCUCAAAAAUUGGAAGAGGCAGAGAGAAGGCAACUUGAGCUGCAGAACGCCGGACAGCUUCGUCAUCGUCGCCCUCAAGUUCAGAACGUACCAAUUGAGGGAUGCAGCAGCAGCAGCAGCAGCAGCAACGCGGACAAUUAUCCAAUUGAGCAACAUGACGGAGAUUUGGAGGAAGAGGCGUAUCAGCUCUACAGAAGAUGCCUUCGACACAACAAUGGAAGUCACGUUCCGAAAAUCGGAACCAUCGAGGGACUGCACAUCAGCGAGUACAUCAUUGGAUACAGAGCCGUACUCGACGGCCACGAUUUUCCAGCAUUUGUGGACGAAGACGCAGAAGAAGACCUGGAUGGAAUCCCUGUGCCACCAGGUUCUCCGGGGCCGCACGAUGGGAAUGAACAAAACGGAACGAACACGACGACAACCACGACCGUCUACCGUGUUGUCCAGCAGGGCUCACGCGAAAUACUCGUCUCGGAAGUAUGUCAGCUCAAUCUAUGUUUACAAACUUACUAUCUAAUUUCAGAGCUCCUCUUCAACGACGGUCAAUAACUCGGAAUCGACUCCUCUUCAAAAGUUGUUCGACACAACGAUGCGCGUGCCAACUCAGCCACUUUUCAACGUUAUUGGCGAACCGACUGAAGCUGUUCAUCCACAGGAACUAGAGGGAGAAGAACACGAGCAGGAACAGCAAGCAGAAGAGGGUCACGUGGAGAACUCGGGAGAGCCGGCUGAAAAAAAUGCUGCAAAGUCGACCACAUUUAAAUAUGUCAAAUUCAAAGCCAGUGCUGAAUACAUGGAAGAGCUGGAGAGGGACAUGAAAGAAAUUGCAGAGCAGGAGGUAAGCUACAGUUUUCACGAAAUGGAAAUAGUAGAGAUUAAUUCGAAAACAUAUUGCCACUCCAAUACUUUUUCAGGCUCAAUUGACCGAAGAAGAGAGAAAGAAGAAAAAUGAAUUGCUCGACGAGCUCAGAAGAGAAGCGCUGAUAGACAAGUGGAGACGGCAACUCAAACCCAAAAAAGUAGCGGAGGAAGAAGAGAUACAGGAGGAUGCGAACGAUGGCAUCUUUGCGGUCCCCACUGAUCCGAGGGUAACAGAUUUUUUGCUCUAAUUGCUAACCCUAGCUCUUCCAGUUUGCCGGUGGAUUCGGAAAUUUUGAAGUGAGCCCAGCAGCCAAACGACUGAAAACUCAGCCGGCAAUCUUCUCUCAAUACUACGUCGUAUGACAACCGCAACCAUCUCGGAGUCGUUAUAAACUGAUUUCAGGAUCGUCCAACCACCAGCCAGCCUCAAGAUCAGCAAAAUGAUUUUCAGAAUUCCCAGAAGCGCUGCGUCCCUUUUUCGCAGGACCUUAUGAAACAGUUCCCGUUCCUCGAAAGAGCUAACGACGAGGACUCGGUAUUCCAAAUGAUAAUCUAUGAAGAUCCGGAUGUGCAAAGGAAGCGGGAGGCGAUGGAACAAGAAAGGGAAAAGAAGCGGAAGGAAGAGCCUGCCGCGGAAAUAGUCACCGAAGAAGUGGCGAGCGACUGGCCACUCAUCCACUGGUACGAUCCGGAUGAAAUGCCGCCAAUCGAGAACAUUCCCGACAUCGAGUUGGCGAAAAUUCCUCCAGCAUUUGUCAACGAGAUGAUCAACGCGAGAAUUGAAGCUGAGUACCGAAGAUCCAAUCCAGAACCUCAAAAGCCAAAGCACACGGUGACGUAUGAGGCGAUUAUGGAUACGGAAAAGGAGCAACAUGAAAAAGAAUUCAUGCGUCUUGUCCGCUCGUACAUUCCGUCGCCCACGAAAGUGCCAGAAGAAAUUAUGAGCACAAAAUUCGAAGCUUAUAUUCGUUUCCCGUUCUUCGAAAGGCCGGAGUUCGUUGACCAAGUCCUCACUGCUCUUUUAGUUCCGAAAGGAAAUAGUCGAGUGAUACCGAACAUGCCACAAAGAAUCAAGAAAAUGUCUCUCGGCGAAUUUUUUAAGCUCGGUGCACAGAUUUGGCUUGGUUUUGACGAAAUCAACGAGCGAGUUUUGGAACCGAUUACCAGACUGGAACAGGAUAAAUCAAUCGAGCGAUUCAAGGACGCCGUGAUGCGCCGCCUCUACAAAUCAACAGCAAGUCCAAGAGGAAAUGGCAAUCUCGUCGACACGCUGGUUGACGAGCACAUUGAGCAAUUGAGUGAGUUGAAAUGUUGCGUUGAGUUUGACCAAAUUGAUUUGCUUUGUAGAUCAACAACACGUCACCGCAGAAGACAUUAUGGAGAUGAAGGUGUAUAAGCAAAAGUUGGAGCUUUCGCAACAGAAGUUGCAUGAGGAGCAGAGCUUGAGGACGACCGGAUCAGCCGACUUUGUUGGUCCACCAGAAAAAAGGGCCCGGUUCAAUGCGGAACCAGUCGAUGUAGUCGUGGAUGAAGAUACUGAGAACGUUCCGAUUGUGCACGAGAGUGCCGAUCAACCGGAAGAUGAUUUGGUCGGUGAGAACAGCUCCGACGAUACUGAUGAGAACGGAGAGGAUUGUGGUGAUGACGACAAUGAAGGUACGGUUAUAUUCUGAUUAGAGUGAUAGGUUGCUUUUUCUGAAAAGAUCACCUGCCAAUUGUUUGUUAGGGUACGAAGAGUUAGAAACUGUGAUUCCUGCACAUUUCGUAACCAAACAUUUUCUACAGUCACAUGUUUUCAAACCAGACUUGCAAGAUUCCGGGCCGGCUGUUGAGCGGGUCCGACCGGGUUAAAGAAUUUCAAUAGCUCAAAAAUAUUCACGCUUGAAGGAAACUUGUUUCAGAGGAAAGUGAGCAGAGAAGCGAUUCUGGCAGUCCUGGCAGUGACCCGUCUGAAUGA